AUGUCCCUGCCCACACGCCAGCUCGGCCGCGACGGCCCGCCCGUCACCUCCAUCGGCCUCGGCCUCAUGUCCUUUUCCGGGUGGUACGCCCAGGGCGCCACCUCCGCCGCCGCCGCGCACGCGCUGCUCGACCGCGCGCACGCCCUGGGGGAGCGCUUCUGGGACACGGCCGACGUGUACGCCGGCAGCGAGGCGCUCGUCGGCGGCUGGUUCCGGCAGAACCCGGAGAAGCGCGGGGACGUCUUCCUGGCGACCAAGUUUGCGCUGCGGCACACGGCCGAGGGGGAGCGGGUGGUGGACACGAGCCCGGAGUACGUGAAGAAGGCGUGCGAGAAGAGCCUAGAGACGCUGGGGGUGGACGUGAUUGAUUUGUACUACGUCCACAGGGUGGACGAGAAGACGCCGAUAGAACACACGAUCAAGGCCAUGGCGGAGCUCAAAGCGGAGGGCAAGAUUCGAUACCUAGGAUUGUCCGAGUGCUCCGCGGCGACCAUCCGCCGCGCCCACGCCGUGCACCCCAUCACCGCCUACCAGGUCGAGUACAGCCCGCUCUUCCUCGACAUCGAGUCGCCCCGGACCUCCAUCCUGUCCACCUGCCGGGAGCUCGGCAUCGCCGUCGUCGCCUACAGCCCCGUCGCGCGGGGCCUGCUCACCGGCGCCGUCAAGUCCCACGCGGACCUCCUCUCCGCCGGCGACUUCCGCGCCGCGGUGCCCAAGUUCAGCGCGGACAACUUCCCCAGGAUCACCGCGCUGGUGGGCAGGAUCGAGGAGAUCGGGGCGAGGCACGGGGCGACGCCGGCGCAGGUGUGCCUGGCGUGGGUGGCGGCGCAGGGCGAGGACGUCAUCUCGAUCCCGGGGACGUCCAAGGUGAGGUACCUGGAAGAGAAUGUCAAGGCGCUGGAGGUGCAGCUGAGUGAGGAGGAGGUGGCGGAGCUGAGGAAGUACGCCGAGGCGACGGAGCUGCCGGGCGACCGGUACCCUGCUGCCUUUGGUAGCAUGUUCCGCGACUCCGUGCCUUUGUGA